AGCUACAAACCCACUGAACAAGGAGCAGGACUGGGAGGAUGUGCAGGCUUUUUGUGAUCAACUGAACCGUGACCUGGAAGGGCCUCAACUCGCUACCAGACUUUUGGCACAUAAGAUACAGUCACCGCAAGAAUGGGAGGCCAUGCAGGCUCUGACGGUGCUGGAAGCAUGUAUGAAAAAUUGUGGGAAAAGGUUCCACAACGAGGUUGGGAAGUUCCGGUUCCUUAAUGAGCUGAUAAAAGUUGUUUCUCCUAAGUAUCUCGGUAGCCGCUCUCCAGAAAAAGUAAAACUAAAGAUUUUGGAGCUGCUAUACAGUUGGACUUUGGGUCUCCCCGGUGAAGUGAAGAUAGCAGAAGCCUACCAGAUGCUAAAGAAGCAAGGGAUUUUAAAAGAAGAUCCCAAACUGCCAGCAGAAGCCAUGAUACCUUCUCUUCCACCUCGCCCUAAGAAUGCUAUUUUUGAUGAUGAUGAGAAAUCAAAGAUGUUGUCCCGCCUGCUGAAGAGCACUCACCCAGAGGACUUACGCGCUGCUAACAAACUUAUUAAGGAAAUGGUGCAAGAGGACCAGAAACGCAUGGAGAAAAUCUCCAGACGAGUAAAUGCCAUUGAUGAAGUGAAUAACAACGUGAAGCUGCUGAGUGACAUGUUGUGCACAUAUAGAACUGGACAGUCUUCUGAGGGAAGCGAGGACUUAAUGAAGGAGCUGUAUCAGCGCUGUGAGAGGAUGAGGCCUACUCUCUUCCGCCUGGCCAGUGACACAGAAGACAAUGAUGAGGCUUUGGCGGAAAUAUUACAGGCCAACGAUAGCUUAACACAGGUCAUCAAUACAUACCGACAAUUGGUGACAGGGGAAGAAGUGAAUGGAGAAGUGUCCUCUGGCAGCAUACCAGCCAGCUCUUCUGCCUUGCUGGAUCUCUCAGGACUGGACAUGACUCCAACUGCCACCCCUUCCUACCCUUCUGUUCCAUCACAGCCCUUACAGUACUCCACUAUCCCUACCCAGGUCACCGCAUCUGUGUCUCUGCUGGAUGAUGAGCUCAUGUCUCUAGGUAUAAAUGACCCUGUCUCUGCCGCAUCGCCUUUAGAGUCUUCAUCGUGGAACAGUUUCCAGUCUUCAGAGACAAACGCUGACUCUACAAACGAAAAAGGAGAUUCGUCCCUCUCACAGACUGCACCCCAGGUUUACAAAGCUUUAGAUGAGCUUGAUCUGCUUGGAAAGACCCUUCUUCAGCAAUCCCUGCCAGCCUCCACAUUGCACGUCCGAUGGGAAAAGCCUCAACAAAAGCCUAGUCUACGAGAUCUCCAGAGUAAAAGUGCACCUCAACCCCCGCCUGUUCUGGGAGACCACCUACCCAUGGGCGCGGAGCAGCCGGCACCAUUUCCUGUGAAGACUGACCUCUCCCUGACUAAUGUCACUGUGCCUCUGGAGUCCAUUAGACCUAGUAGCAUCCUCCCAGUCACCGUGUAUGACCAGCGCAGUUUCCGCGUUCUUUUCCAUUUUGCUCAAGAUGCCCCUCCAGGAAGGCCGGAUGUCCUGAUUGUUGUACUCUCCAUGCUGAGCACAGCCCCUCUUCCUGUCACUGGAAUCAGUUUUCAGGCUGCUGUUCCAAAGGUGAUGAAGGUAAAGCUGCAACCUGCAUCUGGCAGCGAACUUCCUGCAUUCAACCCCAUCCUGCCUCCAUCCGCUGUCUCUCAGGUGCUGCUGCUAGCCAACCCGACACAGGAAAGGGUGCGCUUACGAUACAAACUUGCCUACACCCAGGGAGAGGAAACCUUUGAAGAGAUGGGAGAUGUGGAAGACUUCCCUCCUGCGGAGAAGUGGGGUCACCUGUAGGAUAUAUUUAGGAGAAAUCUGAGACUUUGUGCUGUGAAGGCUUCCGGCCUAUUAUCUGACAGUGGCAGCCGUUCUCAACUGCGGACACUGGCCCAGCGAAACUGCACUUUCCAUACAUCUGAAAUCACCUGUCUAUCCCUGCUGGCACGGAGACACCCUGGACAUGAGAUGUAGUCAUGCUCAUCUCUGCUGCAACACGUCUUGCUGCAUGUUAUGCCAGGCUGUGCGCAAUCGCCGGCUACAAGUAGUCACAGCCUGCCAUGCAGCACGCCAUAUCGCAGCACGAUGAUCAUGGCUACAUCUGGAUUUUAUUUUUCUUAUUUCUGUCAUUUAAUGUUUUCUGUUCUUAUUCUCUAGAGAGGUCUGUGUGGCAUUGUGUGGUGUGAUGCAGGUCUGUGUGGCAUUGUGUGGUGUGAUGCAGGUCUGUGUCGCAUUGUGUGGUGUGAUGCAGGUCUGUGUCGCAUUGUGUGGUGUGAUGCAGGUCUGUGUCGCAUUGUGUGGUGUGAUGCAGGUCUGUGUGACAUUGUGUGGUGUGAUGCAGGUCUGUGUGACAUUGUGUGGUGUGAUGCAGGUCUGUGUGACAUUGUGUGGUGUGAUGCAGGUCUGUGUGACAUUGUGUAGUGUGAUGCAGGUCUGUGUCGCGUUGUGUGGUGUGAUGCAGGUCUGUGUCGCAUUGUGUGGUGUGAUGCAGGUCUGUGUGACAUUGUGUGGUGUGAUGCUGGUCUGUGUGACAUUGUGUGGUGUGAUGCAGGUCUGUGUGACAUUGUGUAGUGUGAUGCAGGUCUGUGUGACAUUGUGUGGUGUGAUGCAGGUCUGUGUCGCAUUGUGUGGUGUGAUGCAGGUCUGUGUGACAUUGUGUGGUGUGCUGCAGGUCUGUGUGACAUUGUGUGGUGUGAUGCAGGUCUGUGUUGCAUUGUGUGGUGAGAUGCAGGUCUGUGUCGCAUUGUGUGGUGUGAUGCAGGUCUGUGUGACAUUGUGUGGUGUGAUGCAGGUCUGUGUCGCAUUGUGUGCUGUGAUGCAGGUCUGUGUCGCAUUGUGUGGUGUGAUGCAGGUCUGUGUCGCAUUGUGUGGUGUGAUGCAGGUCUGUGUCGCAUUGUGUGGUGUGAUGCAGGUCUGUGUGACAUUGUGUGGUGUGAUGCAGGUCUGUGUCGCAUUGUGUGGUGUGAUGCAGGUCUGUGUGGCAUUGUGUGAUGCAGGUCUGUGUGGCAUUGUGUGAUGCAGGUCUGUGUCGCGUUGUGUGGUGUGAUGCAGGUCUGUGUGACAUUGUGUGGUGUGAUGCAGGUCUGUGUCGCAUUGUGUGGUGUGAUGCAGGUCUGUGUGACAUUGUGUGGUGUGAUGCAGGUCUGUGUCGCAUUGUGUGGUGUGAUGCAGGUCUGUGUGACAUUGUGUGGUGUGAUGCAGGUCUGUGUCGCAUUGUGUGGUGUGAUGCAGGUCUGUGUGGCAUUGUGUGAUGCAGGUCUGUGUGGCAUUGUGUGAUGCAGGUCUGUGUCGCGUUGUGUGGUGUGAUGCAGGUCUGUGUCGCAUUGUGUGGUGUGAUGCAGGUCUGUGUCGCAUUGUGUGGUGUGAUGCAGGUCUGUGUGACAUUGUGUGGUGUGAUGCAGGUCUGUGUCGCAUUGUGUGGUGUGAUGCAGGUCUGUGUGGCAUUGUGUGAUGCAGGUCUGUGUGGCAUUGUGUGAUGCAGGUCUGUGUCGCAUUGUGUGGUGUGAUGCAGGUCUGUGUCACAUUGUGUGGUGUGAUGCAGGUCUGUGUCGCAUUGUGUGGUGUGAUGCAGGUCUGUGUGGCAUUGUGUGAUGCAGGUCUGUGUGGCAUUGUGUGAUGCAGGUCUGUGUCGCAUUGUGUGGUGUGAUGCAGGUCUGUCGCAUUGUGUGGUGUGAUGCAGGUCUGUGUCGCAUUGUGUGGUGUGAUGCAGGUUUGUGUCGCGUUGUGUGGUGUGAUGCAGGUCUGUGUCGCAUUGUGUGGUGUGAUGCAGGUCUGUGUGACAUUGUGUGGUGUGAUGCAGGUCUGUGUGACAUUGUGUGGUGAGAUGCAGGUCUGUGUGACAUUGUGUGGUGUGAUGCAGAUCUGUGUCGCAUUGUGUGGUGUGAUGCAGGUCUGUGUCGCAUUGUGUGGUGUGAUGCAGGUCUGUGUCGCGUUGUGUGGUGUGAUGCAGGUCUGUGUGACAUUGUGUGGUGUGAUGCAGGUCUGUGUCGCAUUGUGUGGUGUGAUGCAGGUCUGUGUGACAUUGUGUGGUGUGAUGCAGGUCUGUGUGACAUUGUGUGGUGUGAUGCAGGUCUGUGUGACAUUGUGUGGUGAGAUGCAGGUCUGUGUGACAUUGUGUGGUGUGAUGCAGGUCUGUGUCGCAUUGUGUGGUGUGAUGCAGGUCUGUGUCGCAUUGUGUGGUGUGAUGCAGGUCUGUGUGACAUUGUGUGGUGUGAUGCAGGUCUGUGUGACAUUGUGUGGUGUGAUGCAGGUCUGUGUCGCAUUGUGUGGUGUGAUGCAGGUCUGUGUCGCGUUGUGUGGUGUGAUGCAGGUCUGUGUCGCGUUGUGUGGUGUGAUGCAGGUCUGUGUCGCGUUGUGUGGUGUGAUGCAGGUCUGUGUCGCGUUGUGUGGUGUGAUGCAGGUCUGUGUCGCGUUGUGUGGUGUGAUGGAGGUCUGUGUCGCAUUGUGUGGUGAAAUAAGAAUGAGACAGCAGAAGUAGAUUAUUACACAUUAAUAUCCAUGAGGUAUAUCACUCAGCUUUCCUCACAGGGUCCUGCAGCCGUCAUUCAGGGCUGUGGUCUAGAGAGGACCGUGACUGACACCUGGUGGUGGGAGAGAGUUAUGGAGUGGCUGGAUCGUUAGGUUCUCCAGCAGUGCGCACCUUGUGAGCAGACACAGGAGAGUUUAUAUUUGUGUCUUUCUGAUGCUGGUUUCCACCAGACAGUCAUAUGGUUUAUUUUGCAGAUGUUCUGCUACUGUUUUAUUUCCUCUCCCCCUACUGUAUAUCAUUACAUCAGGCAGACAGGAUCAGACAUAAAGCGGCUCGCCUCAUAUUUGAAUGGCGGCCCGUACACCGGUACAUGGCUGGAGAGCAGAAAGUACUUAGAAUCCAAUAGUCAGAAGUAUCAUGCUCCAUCUAUAUCACACACUUCCGCAAUAUCUGCUAGCUGAGGGCUUCUUGGUGCUGUGCUGGGGGCAGUUUAGCGAUUUGAAAGAAAGGGGUUUAGUAGGUAAAAUGUGAGUUGUCUUAGAUCCGGUUUCUUCUUGGUUAUAACUGUGUGCUUGGCUUCCUGACGGUGCUUUGUGGUCUUAUGAUGACUGGUGUGUCUGUAGAUUGCUGCUGCAAUGCAAUGACCACAUCACCUCCUGUAUGUACAGACAUGUAUCCUCUUCUGUAUACAGUCAGUAAGUGGAAUGUGAGUAGCUGGUGCACACUUACCCCCCUAGUGAAUGUUCUGGGGCAGUGUUGUCAGAUGUCUGCUUCCUUUCCUAAUCUGCGCUGGUAUAUUAUGUCUGUCAUUUGCAUCACCAGGCUUAGGAGUGAGGGCGUGUGGUGACGCACUGACAAAUGGUGACCGACGAACAUCUCUGCCCUAAGUAUGGUGAUUUACAUGCUUCAUAGGGAUGUACUAUGGCAAAGAUACUUACCCAGCCCUCACAGUUGGAAGUAUAUAUCUAUAUAUUAUAUUUUCUUUUCUGUCAAAUGUGAUUUUUUUUUUCUCCACAUUUUAUUUUGAGUGUCAUUUUUGUUGCUAGGAACUUGGUGAGGAAACUGCAAUCACUUCCCUUCUCGGCUGAUCACGUGCAUGGAGCAAUGUCUUUAUCCAGAAAUGGGGAAGUUCUACUGAUCCUAAUAAGCCUUACAUUGAUUGAUAUAUUUUGGUAAAGAUUUAUAAAUAUUGGAAUUCUUAAGAGCGUAUUGAAAAUUAAUUAUUGGUUUCUGAGAGGAGACAUUUUACAGAUGACCAAUAAAGUUGUUUUUAAUCUGCCGAUGAUUGUAGCUGCUAUUUAAGCAUAAAUCAGCACUGGGGUAACGCAAACUCUCUGUAACUGCUCCUCCUCCAGUACAAAAGAAUGUGUAACGAUGUGUGUCUGUUACUCUGCUUCUCAUUACUCUCUCCUCCUGUAGACUCGUAUGGGGGGGCAGGGGCUGAAAGCACACACAAUAAAUAAAAGCUUUAUUUCUGAGGUCUGGAAUCUGAUGACAAUGCAUUGGCUGAAGCAGAAUUUAUAAUGAAUGUAAUAAAGUACAUUGUAACUUUGCCAUGAAA